CUGCCUUGCUGCUGGGAGCCUGUGGCCCGUCACCACGAAGCGCAUUCUGAGUAAAGGGCUCAGAUUUUAUUUUUGGACUGUUAUGGAGCCUGUCUCUUCCAUUUGUAGGAAGGGGGUAGAGUUGAGCCUGACAUGAGUCGCCUGCUCUGACACACCAGGCUGGGACAAGCAGGCGCAACCGGCAGCCCCGCGAGCAGCAGUCUCACUCACAGGAGACUAAAGACUAAAGUGUCUAAAGUGUGCCAUCGGUCAUCUUAUACAAUCAUCAUCUGGUCGGUGGUGCCGCAUAAAAGCCCCACCCUGGACAGGAUCGCUGGAGUGUUGACUUACAGGACAGUGAAAGUGAUGCAGAGUGGACAGGAGCCGAGCGCCAUGACAGGGAGAGAGUGAGAGACCGGCUCCUCUUCUCCUUCUGGUGUUCCACCUAAAAUUAGGCCCAGGGAACCAGCAGCCUCAGCCUCCAGACUCGAACCAAAGACACGGGGGCUGAUUUCCUCAGAGCUAUGAGUUAUGGGGCUGUUUUCAGUCCGGGCCUGCUGUCCCAGCAGUACCCCCCACCCCUGCUGCCCAAACCUGGCAAGGACAAUGCCCGCCUUCAGAAACUACUUAAGAAGAGCGCCAAGAAGAAGGCCGCCCAACAAUCCCAACAGAUACCCCUCCCUUUCCGCUCGAGCUUGUCCCCUGUAAACGAGGCCAGUCCCGACCUGGAACGCAGCGACCACUCCACCCCUCCCAGGACGCCCGAGACGCCGACGUACGCAACUCUGCACCCCCGAUUCAGCGUCAGACCCCUCUACCAGCAUGUGGCCUCUCCGUACCCUCACCAUCGAGGCUUUACGUACGGCAAGACCGCCAGGUUCUCCCCUCAGCCGUAUGGAGCUCCGAGCCAACCUGCCGCUCGUGCCGUAACCCCACGUAUCACGUACACGCCCCCACUGCGGCCUGCAGGGGUAUCCCCGGGCCCAGGUAGCUAUGCUGAGGCACACCCGUUGCACGGGGGUACCCCUCCCUCUCCCGUGUCUCCUGUCACACCUGUCCCUGCCUUUGUACCUGCACCUGAGAUUUCAAGAGUCCCUGCUACAAAGCCAGCUUCAGAAGCACCUCCAGUGCCAGUACCUGUGAUUUCAACUGUGUCUUUAGCCCCUGCACCUGCACCUGCACCUGCUCCUGCCCCUGCCCCUGCUAAGACUGUUGCCCCAAUUAAAUACCUUACACCUAUCACUUUGGUAACCCACAAAGCACCGAGUCCAAAGUUUAAUGCUUAUGAUGUCAUUAGGACAUCCUCCAGACCGAUGUUUGAAGUUCCCCAAAUCACAGUAUAUACUGCGAAGACGUCAUAUUAUGAGACAACAACAGCACCACUGCAUGAAACAACAGAAGGUAGAUUGUCUUAUUAUAGGCGAUCGCCAUCACCAAGACCCAGGAGUAGAACACCAACACCUGAGCCGAGAAGAGGAACAUCUCCUAUGAGACUUUUAAAACCAGCAUCUAAUGGUAGAAGAGGAACAACUCCAACCUCUGAAAUUAGGGGUAGAAUAACGCCAACUCCCGAAGUCAAAAGAGCGAUAACCCCAACUUCUGAGAUGAGGGGUAGAACCACUCCCAUUUCUGAAGUCAAAAGAGGGACAACUCCAACUUCUGAGAUGAGGGGUAGAACCACUCCCAUUACUGAAGUCAAAAGAGGGACAACUCCAACUUCUGAAAUGAGGGGCAGAGCAACACCAACUUCUGAAACUCGGGGAAGAACAAUGCCAAUUUCUGAAGUCAAAAGAGGGACAACUCCAACUUCUGAAAUGCGAGGCAGAGCAACACCAACAUCAGAUGUCAAAAAAGGUACAACUCCAAAAAGAGGUUCAACUCCUACAACUGAAAUCAAAAGAGUUACAACACCAACAGUAGAGAUAACUGUAUCAAAAACUCCCACUGGGCGACCAAAGACCCCUUCGCAUCAUGUGCGUGCCAAGACACCUGUAUUUGAAAUAUCAAGACCUAAUCCGCUUUUAUUUGCUGUCUCCCCAGAAUACGAGGGAAGGCGAUCUAAAACACCAACUUUACUCUCUGUAUCUGGAGAGUUAAGCCAGAAACCAUUAGAGACUGAACCGCCCAAAGUAAGUAUUCCAAAUGGUGAUGUUGAACUGAAAUCCUUGGGAACCUCCACAGCUAAAACAUUUACUGAAGUCUUGCCAAAACCUGAGACCCAAGAAUCAAUACCAAAGACGAGUGUCAUAGAACUUUUGGUGCCACCGCCUUCAACAGCAACACUUCAACCUGCAAUCACUGUGAGUUCAGCUGCCACUCAGAGACCUAAGACUCCCACUCAAGAAGUUUCCAAACCUGUCACACCAAAGACUGAAUAUCAGCAACCAAAAGUUGCUGCUAAGACUUCAACACCUUCAGCAGGGUCUACAAAAACAAAGUCAGCCCAAAGCCACGCCCAGACCUUGAAACCAAUAAUAGGAGUAAGGCCCAAGACCCCAACACACGGUGGUGCCAGAGGCACACCUAAAACAUAUUAUGGCUUAACUCCGGCAGCCUACGUUGCUCAUGGGGGCAUACAAACAUCGGCACCCUCAUACAGUAUGUCUAGACCUAAAACACCAACUGCAGAGUCACCGAAACCUGAAGAGCAGAAAGGACCUGAGAAGCAAGUGUCCUCACAAGAACCACCAAGAGUGGAGGUACCCAGUGAACAGCAAGUGAAAACUACUGUAGCUGAGGCACCAACUCAAAAGAGUACAGAAACUAAGGCCUCUUUGGGUGCAGAAGCACCAAGAGUGGAGGUACCCAGUGAACAGCAAGUGAAAACUACUGUAGCUGAGGCACCAACCCAAAAGAAUACAGAAACUAAGGCCUUUGUGGGUACAAAGCCUCAAGAGGCCAAGAAAUCACCUGCAUUACUGCCUAAGACUAAACCAGUGCCUGUGGUUGAGAGGGCUAAACCACAGGCUACUGAAGCAAAACAAGCCAAGAGCCCAGCAACUUCAACUGUGCCUAAAGCCUCUGUAACAGAGACACCAAAAGGCAACGCUGCAAUUGCUGUGCCGCCUAAACCAAAGACUCCAACGCCAGGGGUUAAGAUCCCUCCCGCGCAAAAACAAAUUGCAGCUCAAUCUACAAAGUCAAAGACCUCUGAGAAAGACUCAGAUGAACCAAAGAAACAAGAUGUUAAAAGCAAGAUUCUUAAGGAGCAAAGUAAAGUGUCUACAAAACCAGCCGUGCCAAAAGACUCUGCUUUAGGGACCUUAACUGUUAAAGCGUCAGGGACACAAUCGAUCAGUUCCAUCCUUAGUCCCAAACCCAAAAUCAGUGAGCCACCUAAAGCAGAUAAGUGUGGGGUCCAGCCUGUGACAAAACCAAAGGAAAAGCCGGCUGAUGAAGAAAAAAACAUUAAAGAAGUAAAAACUGAAUCAAAGGCUGGUGAACCAACACUAACAAAAACUAGUGAGGAAAAGAUGGAGAAAGGAAGCGCCUUCCCGAAAGCAGAGCCUCUCCUGAAAGUAGUCAAGAAACCUACAGGGAUGAUGAAAUCGAAGCUCAGUGGGUGGUCACGCCUCAAGAAGCACAUGGUGGUGGAGGUGGAGGAACCCAAGUUCCCUGAGCAACCACCAGCUUCUGCCACAGAGCCUAAGAAAGAAAUACCCAACGGGGAACUGCCCAAGCUGAUCAUGAAGAAAAAAGACGAGGACGAAGCCUCGUCAUCUAGCCAGCCGUCAGAGGGCAAAGACUCCCCGCGAGCUACCAAGAUGUGGGAUGCCGUCCUCUUCCAGAUGUUCUCCACCAAAGAGAACAUCAUGCAACAGAUCAUGGCCGACAAAAGCGAGGAGGAGAAGAAGGAGCUGGAGAAGCAAGUGGCGACUAAACCCGAGGAGAUCCCUGCCUUCGCACAUCGCCUGCCAGUCCUCCUAUUCAGUCCUCGUUUCGAUGCUAAAAGGCUGAGAGAAGCAGCAUCCCGACCAGUGACUAAGAUGUCCACCGUGUUUGAAAUGGCCCUCAUAGGCCGCCAUGUGAAGGAUGAGGAACCAAAACAAUUCAACAGAACAGCAAAAGGAUUCAAUGCAUCAAACCCCACUGAAGCUUAAUUGAUAUGGGUACCGGUAAUCUGUUUCCUUUCUCUUGUUAAAUAAAUAGUGUACAGUUCUAAUAAUUAAUCAAACAAGCUCUGAAUCUUUCAUGGUAAUAAAAUAUUUAUAUUUCAACGUCCAGUUUUACACUUGAAGAGCAGACUGUAAACUUGUUUAUUUAUCUAGGAAAUUUUUAAAUCUAUCCUGGUGCCAAUUUCUCAGACAUAAGUAGUCUGUUUUAUUCAGCACUGACGUAGGGAAAAGGGAAAUAUAUAUAUAUAUCUCAUAUAAUAUUCUCAGUGCUUCAUAUUUGUUGUUACAUUAUAAAGACAAAAACUUCAUACACCAUUUGUAACUACACUCCAUCAAACAAAUGAAUUGGGUUAGAAUUAAAUUAAAAACUUUCAUGUAUUAAAUCAUUGGUGAACCCUGCAGAUAUGUCAAUUUUCUGCAUUAAACAUGUGUCACUAUACCAACAAAAUACUAAUCAUAAAACCAUGGUGAGGUCACACCAGUAUUUUUAGUAUUUCUAAGUAAAUUUGAGUAUUUCUAAGACAAGAUGGUGCUAUACAACAGAGGAUACUUAGUGAUAGUGAAUACACAGCUAUUUGCCGAUUGUUAUUUUGGUCAUUAGUUUGAUCAGCUUAUUACUGUCUUUUUUUUUCUUUCUCAGUGUACUCAGUGUAACAUCCCAGCACAAGGGCCUGUCUGACAGGACAAUGGCAGCGGGCAGUAGCCACAGCUGUAGGCAAAAUGAGAACGGGGGAAGAGUGAAGGGGUGUGUGUGGGUGGGGAUGUGGCCAUGAUAUGGGACGUUGGAAUCCUGGGUGAGAGGUUCUGAGUCAGGGAUGUAUAGAGUAAAUACUGUGCUGUCUGAAUCCACAGUGACCCUCACAUGAAGAAGGCAAGCAGAUGGAUAUGCGAUGCAUGCUAGAUCCCAGUGACUAGUGCAUGCUUUAAGUUAACUGCAUGCUUGGAGAGCACAGUAUAGAUGGUCAGCCUUUAUGAGCAGGACGUCCGAGAGCAGCAUGGUGUCUGGUGUCAAAGCUCUAUAUUUCUGUGGCCUACGCAAAGGAAGAGAGGUGUUGGGGUGAGGUUGAUGAUGUGGAAAGUGACUGUAAUUCACAAUGCAUGGCUGACAUUUGCAGAGGACAAACAGAGAUAAUUUUAAUAGUGGCAGUGCAGGGUGGUGUUAAAUGGAGUAGUAUUUGUGAGUAUGGUAAGUUUGGACCUUUGCUUUUCCCAAUGCAUGGAUGUUAUUACGUUUAAAUGCGGCUAAGUACACUGUGUCUGUGUUGACAGUGAUGUGUAAGAUGUUUCAGAUGUUGAAGUACAUUGUGUAAGCUAAUGUUAUUUUAUAUACAGUAUUUUUCUAAUAAAAUGGCUUGAUUAGGAGAAAGGUC